UUUGUCGGUGCUCUCGCCGCUGCCGCUGUCUGUCCUUGCCUCUCCCAGGAAUGCCACUCUUGUUCUUGACGGCCGGUCGGUGCCCUGUCGCUUGUCUCUGCCUCACCAGGCGGUCAUGCUGGCCGCUUUCGUGGCAAGGCGCAUGUUGACGAACCAUGUUGACGAGCCAUGUUGACGAACCAUGUUGAUGAACCAUGUUGAUGAACCAUGUUGACGAGCCAUGCUGCUCGUCCUCCGUCCUCGACAACCGAUUCCUCGCAGGAGAUGCCCCUCCGAGAGCCCCGGUCGUCUGGAGGAAGGGGAUGCGUCACCGAUGCAGUGCCGGCCGAAUCAUGCAUCCGUCUCGACGCAUUGCCCUGCGAUGAAUAUUCCCGAUCCCAAAUCCGAUCCCACACCCGCAUUGAUUCUCCCACCACAUCGAUUCCGCUCCCACACCUCGCAUCUACAUUCCCGCUGGCCUCGACCAUGGAUUAUCUCCUCGUCCUGCUCCUGUUGGUCGUGCUAUGGAUGCUCCAGCGUUGCCACACCCAGACCUGCCUCAACCAUCGCUAUCUGCGCCAGAUUGACCAGCGGCUUGCCAUUCUUUCUUCGCGCUGGAAUAGUCCCACCGCCGCCGGCUCGCAUCCUGCCCAUGACCCAGAACCCUCGACCCCAGCAGCGUCGUCUCCUCUGGAGCAUAUCCGAUCGCACGCCGUCGACUCGGACAAUACCCUCUCGCUCUGCGCUGGAGCCGAGCGAGACAUCCAGUUCCUGCGCUCGCACUUUGUCCAUCUCGGCCGUCUACUCGACCUCUUUUCGCGCUGCGCCGUUCUGCUUUCCGAGUCCGCCACCAUCCGCCUCGAGGUCCAGUUGUCUCGUUGCUGGGCUCCUCUCCGCUGCCACGACUCUGUCGGCCGCAGGUCGUCUGCAGGCCAGCCGGCAUCCACGUCGCCUCUGCGCGAAAGCCCAUGCAACUCGGACCUCUCGGAGGAUCGGUGCUCGGCCGCGGCUGCUGCAUCGCAGGCAUCCCAAGCAUCGCAGGCAUCCCAAGCAUCGCAACCAUCGCAACCACCAUCACAGCGGGAAGAGUGCCUGGUCGAGCUCGCCAGUACGCUGCAUCCCCAGAUUCAGGAUGCGCUGACACAAGCAAAGUCCCGCAUCACCCGCAUCAGCGUCCAGACGUCGUCGCUCGUGCAGAUCCUAUCAUCAUCACCAUCAUCAUCAUCGUCGUCGCCAUUUCAGAGUUUCCUGCCUGGUGCUUCGAUCAUGCAGGACAUCUGGCGGACCCUUGCCAAGGAAGUUCCUGGCGCUCGUCAAUGCUGGGCCUCCAUAUCGACUCGACUGCCCUGGCCGUUUCAGCUCGCAGCAAGUGUGCUCGAGCCCGAGACGGCGUCGGACGGCUCUCUACUCGAGCCCCGCGUCCUCCUGGAGCAGUAUGAGCUCGCAGCCGACGAAGCCACUGCCAAGUUUGAGGAGUUUCUCGCCCAGUACGAAGUGGCGGAUUCAGUCAUCACAAGAGCCAUGCGACUGAGGACCCGAUACACUCGGUCCAAAGCCGGCAGCAACAGAGUGGAUGCGCAAGACUGAGUUCAGUGCACGCAAUCCAAUGGCACACCAUGUUUUCCUGGAUGCGAAUACACAACCAUCCAUCCAUCCUAUCGCCAGAAACAACACCCAAGGCCCAGAACACAACGGCACUCCCUCAGGACCCACAUGGAGGCCCAGCGGCCGGUUCGGCACGAGUCUCUCGACGUUCAGAAAUCACGGCAUUGUCUAAAUGGUCGAAUGCAUGCACCCACUCUC